UGGGCUGUUUGAACUUACGUAUGCGUCAACCAGUUAUUCUUUUUAAUAAAUCUCUACCAAUACUUAUGUGGACUAAUGUUAACAUAUAAUAAAUGAUACCUUGUCAGCGUAGACCGAAAUAUCUUCUUGAUGUGCAAUUCUACUCCUAGGACACUUUUACAGUGAACCAAACUUACGCGUCCCUCCAAUAACGAAGCUUACGCGGCAAAAUAACCCGAUUUCAUAAAGAACUGAAGCACCUGGCUGCUGUCUGUUACUCGACGCUGAUUAGAACAAUGGGCAUUUCUCUUGCCUAAAGUCAUGCGUCUGAACACUGAGCUGGCAUCUGGGUGAAGUGUAGUGGGCAGCACUCAGCCGUGCCAGACUGUGGUGGUGCUGAAGAGCUGCUGUUACGGUGAUCCCGUCGCCCAGUGCCGGGCUCUUCAUGCUGCAGUAGCGGCCACACAUGACUCACUAAGGGUCGCGUUUCGGAAAGCUCAUCCUUGAAUCUGGCUAAACUUUUCUUUUGAAGGAAAUAAUUUUUUUUUUGCUAGCUUUGGGCACAUGAUGAAAUCCAGUCAUGGCCCCUGAGAGGUGAAUGAUCUCACAUUACAGCUGUGUAUUAAAGGAAACAAGCUUUAUACCCUCCAUCUUUUCAUCCGAGUCCUCCCUACUUCAAGGAAUAAAUGAUCACCUCAACAAGACGAGUCACUGCAGACAAACCUGAAGUCAGAAUCUGCUUCAGCCUUGAUGAUUCCUCAGAGUUGAAAGAUGCAGUAGAUCAUUUCCCAUCAUUCCCUGACCUGGAGCAACGGCUGCAGCCGGUGUUACCAUGCCAGUCCCUGAAGGAGUCUGUCCAAGUCUACAGAGACCACUGCAAAAUGGCCAAAGAGUUUCACCAGGUUAAAACAGAAAUUGAUCUGCUGGAAGACAGAAAGAGGGAACUGAUAGCGGAACUAGCGGAAGAUGAGCGGGUGAUGCUGGAGAUGGCUCGACUGGAGGAAGAGUUUCGCCUGCUGACAGAAGAGAACCGAACCCUUGUCACAGUGUACACGGAACGCACUCAACAGCUUGCCACUUUGCGCGUGGCUAAUCAGAAAAGGCAGGGCUCCUCAUGACCCGUGACCUUUUCCAGAAAGGCGAGUAGGGUCGUAAGGCCAAGGAUGUCAUGUUGGUAAUAAUAAACAGUUGAGCUAGUUGUAUCAGGCUAUGUAUUGAAGUUCCACCAGCUGAACAUAGGGGUACAAGAUGGAUCACUAGCACUUACAGUUUCUUUGGUUCAUCUGAAAAGACCCAGGAAUUCUUUUGGUAUUGAUAUGUUGCCCUCUGCACCAUUUAUAAACAAUGUUCCAUUUUUAUUUUAGAUGUCACCUUUGUUUAGUCUUUGUUUGUACUUCAGAUAAGAUAUAGUACAAUGACCUUGUCAUAGAGCUUAGCUUUGGUACAGUUACACAGGCAGAACAGAAGCUUUAGUGAAUGCUACAGAACCAAUUAGAAAACCAAAUGGUUUGAUUCUCAGUAUACAUGUAAAAUAUAAACUCUACGCAUUAUUGACCCCUUUUACAGACAUUCUUGGCUGAAUGAUGUUGCAUAACAUAUGUGAACAAAUUGGCAUGGCUAAGGACAGACUGGGUAAGCUGCAUUUUUAGUCAGAUGAGGGUCAGUGGUUAAGAGGUCCACACUGAAGACCAGAGGCUGUCCAAUCUGAUCCUCAUUUGAACUCUGAGUCAGGGCUUCUCUAUUGUGUACACAGUAUAUGCAGUUGUACUGAAUGACUAAAAAUAUACCAUAUAACAUAAAGUAACUGAUUGCAUAUUGCUGUAACAGUACUAUACUGCAAUUAUGAAUUGCAGCAAAGCUACACACACACAAAACCUCCACUGGGAUGGUAAGCAAGACAGUUCACUAUAAAAGCCACAAUUGAAUUCAAUAAACACAUAUAGAGAAGAGUCUUAGACUGCAGUGGAGGCAUGUUGAUGUUGUGUUACCUUAUGGUCUUACGGCUCUCCAUGCACACCUGCACUAUUACAGCAAGCACUCUGAACCUCCAGCAGAACAGGAUGUUUAUUGGACAAGUCCAAUUAGAGAAUUCUGGCCUGUGAUGGUCAUUACGCUCAGUUCCUGUAUUCACAAAGUUUGUCAGAGCAGGAAUUGAGCUCUAAAAUCAAAAUUCACACUUCCUCCAUGACUACUAUAAGUUGUGUGACUGCUCAAGGGGCAAUUCUCCUGGAAUACAUUUUUUGAAAAUGGGUCCUUGGCAGUGGUGGGGGACUAGGAGGGUUUUAGUGUAGACCAGUGUCUUCACAUGUGUGGACCCAAGUCAUUCUCUUUAACUAAUGUUAUCUUUUUUGUUUGUUUGUUUACUGAGAGUGUCUGAAAAGUGUGACUGAUGUAUUUUCCUUUUUACUCAAGAUGUGUUCUAAGUUGUGUUUUCUCAUUAUAUGUCUGGAGUUUGAUAUUGGGCAGUGUUAAACUGCAGUGUCUAUACAGUGUUCCUACCUUUUGGAGAAUAAAGAUAAAUGUAUGGUUGUGUUA